GCACAGUCGUGAGCUCCUGCCCAGCAUUCCGUGCGUGCGAGGGAAAAGGAACAAGGGAUAUACAAUGUUCCUGAGCGUUACUCUCAAUGGCCCUUCACCCUGGGGAUUUAGGCUGGUGGGGGGCAGGGACUACAACACCCCUCUGACCAUUUCCAAGAUUAAUCCUGGGAGCAAGGCAGAAUUGGCUAACCUAUAUCCAGGAGAUGUUAUUCUGGAAAUCAACGGGGAGAACACAGAGACCAUGAAUCACCUAGUUGCUCAGAACAAGAUUAAGGCCUGCACAGAUCAACUGACACUUUCCAUAAACAGACGUGAUGCGAAGACCUUGUUAAAUGAAGAAGAACUGAAAAGGCAGCAGCGAAAAUAUAGUUUGGAGGCAGAAUUGCAGGAUAUCUUUCCUACAGAAAUCCCUCAGACUCGGAGAUCAGCACCAGUAUCUCCCCGGGGGAGCCCAAGCGACAUCCGACAAAUACCACAUCAACAAUACAACAACCCUUCCAAGCUCUACACAAACAACAACAAUAUAGAAUCAAACUUGACAUCACAUAUGGCAAGAAUCAAUCUCUCUUCCCCACAAAGUGUUGACCCAUUGAGAUCAGUCCCAAAAAGCAAGAAUGGGAUAGAUACGGAGUCAGACGUGUACAAGAUGCUUCAGGAUUAUGUAGAGCCUGUGUCACGACCCAAGCAGUCCGGAUCCUUCAAGUACUUGCAGGACAUGCUGGAAGCUGGAGAGAAUGGUGAAAAGCCGGAAAGGCCGCCCAGCUCCAGAAACAUAAAAUCACCAGUGUCUAAACUGAGCAGCCCAUUGCCUGGCCUGCAGAUGCUCCCUCAGUGCACCAGAUGUGGGAAUGGGAUUGUUGGCACAAUAGUAAAGGCUCGAGACAAGCUCUACCACCCAGAAUGCUUUAUGUGCGACGAUUGUGGCUUAAACCUGAAGCAAAGGGGAUAUUUCUUCAUUGAAGAGCAGUUAUACUGCGAAACUCACGCCAAGGAGAGAGUCAAGCCGCCCGAAGGAUACGAUGUUGUUGCUGUAUAUCCCAACGCCAAGGUGGAACUGGUCUAACCAAUCACAAUAUCAUUAAUCCAUGGAUAAGUCUGUGCUGUUGCAUUGCUUAAAGGGCCACCAAAUCUAAAAUACUAAUUGAGCCCAUAAGGAGAAACUCAUGUUGCAUCUUACACAAAGAAUAUGUAAAAGUCCUAUUCCUUUCCAAGAUAUGUGACAUUAAAUAUACCCUUGCUCACUCAUGUAGGACAAGACUGUGUUUUAAAGAUAUUCAGCAGGAAGUGCUUAGAUUAAUUCUUUCCCCCAACAUCAUUAAAUAGGUUGCGUUUUAAUAAGCUACUCAAGUGUAUAUAUAUAUAUAUAUAUAUAUAUAUAUAUAUAUAUAUAUAUAUAUACCCUUAGCUGUUCUCCUUAAGAAAUUGAAAUCUGCAAUUUAGUGUUCCUUAAAAAUAAUAAUAUUUCCGUAUUUAUAUGUACCAAGACCCCCGCUUGCAUUCAUUCCUCCCCGUCAGCUUAUACAACGGCUAUACUCACUAAUAUGAUUUGUUUGGUGUCUGUCGUAUAGAGAAAUAGCAAUAAAGGGCAAAUCCACUCAGGUAUGAAGGUUGUGUGCUUGAGUUUAUUACAAGGCCACUGACACAAUCUCCCCUAUCCCUGCAUAGUGGGGCAUUCCAGCUCCUUAUUUCAACCAACCCAGUCUCAUAUGUUGCACAGUCACAUUACCGAGGCUUUACAAUAUGUGUUUGAGCUUAAAAAACCAUUUACAUGAAAUUGUAACAUGAUUAACAUUUAUUGUCCAUCUGUUUUAUUUGUACUUUUUGCACAUGUCUUGGUUUAACCCAAGAGGUUACAACGUCAGUCUGGCACCAAGCAAUAUCUUCUGUAAAUAAUAAGGUUCUUUUAACUUCUGCUGCAAUAAAAACACCAUUUCUUUUUAGUAAGCCGA